AUGGACAUAGCCACGGAACAAUGGAAGCGCGAUGGCACUGGUCCCUGGGCCAAAUUCUCAUGUGAAUGCUGUAUAGGCUUGUUCAAGCUUGACGAACUAACAAAAAUGAAGGAGUUCCAAGAUCUUCCUGCUGACGAGCAGGAGUAUCUUAAAAAAGAAACAACACCACACUACAAGCUGCUGGCCCAUUUACCUAUGCAUUGGUUCACUCCAACAUCUCCUCUAGGCGCGGUGAAGAUGGGCAAGGCUGGAGAUUCAGAUACGGCUGCAGAUGCCACUGUUGAUAGCAGUUAUUGCCUCAUGGGUAUGGACGGUCUCCGUGUGGAGGACAUGAGUGUUAUCCCUGUGCCGAUUGGUGGUCACACCAGGCGGCAGCGUAUGUUAUAG